AUGGCCCAGCAAAAUAUGAAAGUGAGACCUGUGCUUCUAAAACGUAACAGUCUAGAGUCAGUGGAGUUUGUGAAACAACCUCAUCACCGUCGGAGCAAAUCCCAGCAGGUGAGAUUCAAGGAAGAUGGGGCCAUUAAGAAUCCAACUGGCCUAACUGAAGUUGAAGUCCAAACUCCUGAGGACCCAGUUGUGAUGGGGAAGACACAGCCCACUAGGCACCAUCACCCGCCCACCUACUCGCUCUCCUUCCCCAGAUCCCAGAAGGUUGGGGGCUUACGGAACAUUGCGAUCCAGACCUCUCCUAGUCUCAGGAAGCAUUUCCCAGUUUUCAAAAGGAAGAAGCUCACAGCCAGCAAGUCCCUGGUGGAAAUGCCAACAGCAUCCCAAAGUGCCAUCCAGGUCAACGGCAACCUCUCUGAACAGGACAUUGUGUCUUCUGACCUUGCCUACCUAAGGUUGGCUCAGCAUCUUGAGGAUGGGCCUCGAAGAGCCAAGGUGUCCCACCCCUUUCUCCCUAGAGUGUCCAAAGUGCAAAGCAAUGGGCCUGUUACCAUCUGCUUGGAAGGAGGAACUUGGAGGGCUUCAGAGAAAGCAACAGCUGCUAUUCAGGUCCCAGAUGAUAUCUAUCAUAGUCCUUCCUUCAGCCCAGACAGGUCAGCUGGAAUGAGUAAUGCUGUACCCCCUUUGGUUGACACAUGUCCAGGUGAUGGAAAAAGGAUGCUGCCAUCAAAUUCUGAAAGAUCCCCUUCCUGCAUAAAUGCCACCAGCUGUGCCAACCACAUACCAGGCACAGGAAAAUUUCAACCUGAAUUGCUUUUACCCAAAGACAGCUCUGAUGACAAAGACCUUGGCCCACUGUCGUAUCAGUCAAAGGAAACGUGUGUUCCCUCACCUCCACGGACUCACAUCUCUCCUUUGCCAGGCUUCCACGGCCAACCAGCCCAUCCAGCAAGAGCCUCCGACUGUCCUUCACCCAGCGACAGUCACCAGGACCUAGUGUCACUCAAAAUUAGUAGUGCAUCUAAAUCUGCACCUUUGUGUCAGGAGCAGAUGGCAAAGGACCCCACCCAGUCUGACACCCCAGUGUUUGAAAACUGUCCAGGAAGUGAUCCCCCGCCAUCCUCUGUUCCGAGGAAUGAAGCCAAACUUCAGAGCAGCAGGGAGAUUAGUGACAUUAAUCAAAUUCACCUAGCAAGGGGUGAACUCUGCGACCUCCAAGGUCGUCUGCAAUCCGUGGAGGAAUCUCUGCACUCCAACCAAGAGAAAAUUAAAGUCCUUUUGAAUGUAAUCCAAGACUUGGAGAAAGCUCGAGCUCUCACAGAAGGGCGCAACUUUUACCGAACGGGCCAAGAUCUCAACAACUGCAGUACCUGCCAGAACACGGCAUGCAUCAUAUACAGUGUAGAAUAUGAUUUUCGGCAGCAAGAAGGCAGGUUCCAUGAAGUUCUGCAGAGUCUGGAGGAAGCUGAACCAAUUGAAGAGGCUUCUCCUCCUCCAAAGUCUCCAGCAGAACCUCCGGUCCCUGAGAAACAAGACUUGAGGCGGAAAACCAAGAAGGUGAAGAAGAAGUGCUUCUGGUGGAUCUGA